AUGUCGAAACCGGCACCCUCCAAGCCGGCCCCGAGCCAGAGCCAGAGUCCGAGCAAUCUCAUGAAUUUUGUCAACCGCUACAACGACUUGAUGGUUGUCCGCGACUCCACAGAUAAACUUAUUGAGGAUACUCUAUUAUACUGCCAGGGCCUCGAGCGCGCGCUGAAUCAGGAGACGAAUCGCCUCGAGGGCGAGCUGCGCAACUGCCAGGUCGACCUCGCCGAAGCCAACGCCUCUCGCCGCGAGUUCGAAAAGAAGCUAUCACGCUACGAAUCCGAGAUGGGCGCUCUAUAUACGGAAAAUAAAACAUACAAGAAUCGAAAUCCAUAUAUUGUCGUCUUGAUUGACGGAGACGGUCUUUUGUUUCAGGAUGCUUGGAUACGACAGGGCGUAGAAGGCGGCAAAAAGGCGGCCAAUGCCCUCCAUAGUUCUGUCGCACGGCAGUGGACCGGCAAGAGCCAAAAUAUGCAGAUUAUCGCCAAGGUGGUCGCCAACUGCGCCGGCCUCGCCCGCGCGCUCAACAGCAACGACUUUCGCGACUUUGCCGCUGGCUUCACCCAGGGCAAUGCCGCCUUUGACUUUGUCGAUGUCGGCAACGGCAAGGAGCGUCGCGCGGACUCCAAGAUUCGCGACAACAUCCGCUGGCACCUGCAAAAUCUCAACUGCCGACAGAUCCUUCUCGGCGUCUCCCACGACGCUGGCAACGUUACCUUCAUCGAGGACCUCUUCCGCGCUGAUGUCAGUGCCCGCGAUCGCAUCAGCCUCAUCGAGGGCGGCGCCGGCCUCUCUGCAGACCUCAAGGCCACCGGCGCCAACACGACGCGUCUCGACAAGGACAUCUUCCGUGCCGACAAGCUCGUGGAGCGCACCUCGGCUUAUGCCGCGGCCGCGAUUGGACCGCGCACCGCCAGCCCCGCUGGUAGUGUCGCCUCGAGCGGCGGCGGUGGCGGCGCCAGCUCGUCGACGUUUUCGUACGCCAAUGCUAUCAUCAAUGGCACGCCGCCGCCGACGAUGAGCAUCCCGCUCGCGCCCAACAAGCCCAGCCCGCGCUCCAAAGCAAACGGGGCGUCCUCGUCCUCGCCUUCGCCCUCGCCCGGUGGCGGCCCGCCACAGUAUCAAAAGAUUCCGCCACAGCAGCCCGACUGGAACCCCGGCGCGCGCGGUCUGGACGAGCCCAUCAUCGUCAACGUGGCGGUGAUGGACGCCGUCAAGAAGCGCAAGGACACGGACAAGCUGUGCAACAACCACUUUCUGCGUGGUCCUUGCGCCAAGGGCGAGGGCUGCAAUUUUGUGCACGACUACAAGCCCAACAGCGAGGAGACUAAUGCGAUUGCCGUCCUGGCGCGCCAGAAUCCGUGCACGCACGGCCAGGACUGCGAGAACUGGGAAUGUAUAUACGGACACCACUGCCCGAGUAUCAGAGAUGGUGUUUGCACCCAUCCCUAUUGUAAAUUUGACGAGGAGCAGCAUCCUCCUGGGACGAAGUUCACCUCAUCCAAGUCGUCGAAUCGGUAG